CCUCAAGGCGGCUUCUUUGUUGAUGACGAAGUCGCCGCUCCUGAAACGGGACCCGAGUACCAGAAACGUUCAGUGGGUUUUUCUCGGUUGCCCUGGUGUUGGUAAAGGAACUUAUGCCUCUCGGCUCUCUAAUUUUCUCGGCGUCCCUCACAUCGCCACCGGCGAUCUCGUCCGCGACGAGAUCUCCUCCUCCGGUCCCCUUGCCUCUAAGCUUAAGGAGAUUGUUAACCAUGGAAAAUUGGUAUCCGAUGAGAUUAUAAUAAGCUUGUUGUCUAAGCAUCUUGAAGCUGGAGCAGCUAAGGGGGAGUCUGGUUUUAUUCUUGAUGGUUUCCCUCGAACAAUAAGGCAGGCGGAAAUAUUGGAGGGUGUGACGGACAUUGACUUAGUGAUUAAUCUGAAGCUUAGGGAAGAUGCUUUGCUUGCAAAAUGUCUGGGAAGGAGGAUUUGUAGUGAAUGCGGAGGAAAUUACAACGUGGCCUGUAUUGACUUAAAGGAUGAACAUGGAAUGUCUGGAAUGUAUAUGCCUCCACUUCUUCCUCCUCCACAAUGUUCGUCAAAGCUUAUUACUCGGGCUGAUGAUACUGAAGAAGUUGUUAAGGGUCGACUCCGUAUUUACAAUGAGAUGACUCAACCUGUUGAAGAGUUCUAUCGGAGUCGUGGGAAGUUGUUAGAAUUUGAUCUUCCUGGAGGAAUACCAGAAUCCUGGCCGAAGCUGCUUCAAGCCCUAAAUCUAGAUGAUCAUGACGAUAAAAAGUCUGCAGCAGCCUAAGUUACAAGUUACUGUGACUUAUCGAUUAAUUAGGUCAUUCUUUGUGUGCGUGACUUGCACAUGCAUAUUUAUUUUAGAAUAAAAAGAGUAGAAAGACUUACUACAUGCAUUAAGGAGAAACAUACCCGUAUUUGGAUUCCGAAUAUGAGUUGAAAAUGAAAAAGGAUAGGACAAGGGCCGAGGAAACGUUUUGUUAUACAUAGUGAUGUUUGAUUGAUAAAUGGCUCAUGUCGAGAACAGAGACCAAGGGUCAUUCUAUAUGAUUUUAUUGUAUAAUUUGGUUAGAUUUUGAUGGGAACUGACCAAUGCUGAGAAAUCAGACUUGUUAAGAUCAAGCUUUUCCUGGUCAAUACACUAAAGGACCAGGAAAUAAUGAAGCUUUGUUUUCUGAUAGCAAGAAGAUGAGUUGGGAAUUGUGAUGAUUCAGAUUGAAUUGAUUAUUCCAGGAUUUGAAGAUGAAAUAUGUAUCAAAUACAUAUAUCACAAGUGAAUGUGUAUGUCUGUGCACUUAUUUAUGUAUAUAGAUGUGAAGAAAUAAGAUGGAUGAGUAUUGGUAACA